AUGAACGUGCCAUUCAAGGCUUCUUCUUCUUCCUCUUCUUCCUCCUCUCCUGCCAAGAAAUCUCCUUCUAUUAAACGACGUCUGUGGUCAAUAGAAAAACAAGCUAACGUCGGUGCUCCGACUGUCUGGAUCGUCCCUAAUUGGUCCACGUAUCCGGUGCUUGAAAAUUUCUAUGGCCAUGCCAAAUGUGCUCGUUCAAGUUCUUUCUAUGAAGUCAUGUGUUCACCACUGAAUGCUACAGUCACAACAACAUUGGGUGAAAGUUGUGCAAGUUACAAUAAAGACACCGACGACGACGACGAGGAACAUGAAGGACGACAGUUUUUGGCUACAGGCACAAGUCGACGACGUCGUCCAUUUCGUGGUUCGUUUACUUAUUCGUGUACGACCGACACAAGUGAAGAGACGGGGAGUUUUAGUCUGGAGACUGAAAGUCUCUUGUUGUACGACCGUCAAGCAACAUUGACAACACGGCGUAAUAGUAACCCCCAUAACCUCAUACCCAGUAACUCUGGUUAUGCUCAAUGGAAUCAAAUGAGACGGACCAUGAGUCUUAAUGGUGGGCUUGUACCGGUCCCUCGAGAUUUUCAUGUCACAAGUGACAGACUUUUGCUCCAAGGCAAUGGAGACUUUUCUAUCGAUGCGAUAAAGCCAUUGGAUGUUGACACCAAUUUCGAUCGUCCUUCGUCUCCUUUGACGUCAAGCCGAUUACGAGCCAAAUUACAAGAAAGUUUACAAGAGACGGACGAUCGGAUGACAGACGAAUACAAGCGUCUAGAUGAGGCACAACGGAGUACGAAUCAGUCAAGAGCACAAGAACCUGCAGCUCCUGUUACUGUCAUGUGGAGUUUAAUAUGUGGAGCACGAACAACUAAAGCAGUACGUGCUGACGGCUUGACAUUUUUGACGGAAAAAAUAGGGAUUGCUGUAUCACAUCGUGCAUUGAACCAAUUGCAUCGACAUCGUCGCCAUGUAUGUGGUAUCUUGCAAAUUGUAACGGCACAUAAUCCAGAUCUGGAGCUUACGGAACGACAGCUUGACUCGUUUGAAGCACCAGACGCUAUGCUGGCCAAUGACAUUAAGUACGUUGUGCUUCAUCAGCAGUAUAAACUUCUGCUUACAAGUGUAACACAACGACGAUGUGCGCUAGUCGAGGCAAAGCUACAUAAUGGUAGUGAUUGCUUUGAAAAACCUCAAGUGAAGUGUGUCAUGAUGUCCAAGUUGCUUAGGGCUGUGAGCUGGUAUCGAUUGGUGCAACGGAACGCGAGGGAAAAGUCUGCAUCGAGUUCUGUGGGUGUAGUUUCUACUCUGGGAUCAGUCGUUGACACUCCUCCGUCCAGUUCAGGGUCGGAUGAUGGUCAACAGAAGCUGCAGGUGGAAAAGAUCCUGGAUGUUCUGGCAGACGAAGACUUUUAUUCCGUUUUCAGCGAGUCCAUGUGUCAGCCAAACUGGUGGGAGAUUGCACAGGCUCACUUUGAAAACCUUAUUUUUUCGUCGAAAAACUCGCGUAUUUGUCAGUGGAUGCUGCAACUUUCCAAAGACGCUGCUGCUGUGAGCUACGAAAAGCUGGAGACAGACAAGAGUGGCGGUUCUCGAAGAACGCUGGCAGGAGAUAACGUACAUUGUAAUCAUCACAUUUUGCAUCAAGCUUCUUGGACGAGGGAUCCGCCACCUGAGCAGAUACUUGAUUUUCUGGAUCGACUGGCUGGCCGUGUUCGGCGAGAGUUUGAUGUGCCCGCAGAAGUUAGCAAGAGCCUGAAUGUCUUUAUUCAGCGCACGGUAUUCUCUCGUAUUGCUGUGCUCUGCUUCAACCAGAGAGCGACUCGUGAUUGCCAGCGGAAGGACAAGCUAUGGCGGAAGAAAUGCGUUGAGCUAAGUGGCUUGCCCAUGGAGAAUUUUGGAGUAUCGCCGGACCUAGUUGCCAAGAUUCACUCCAGCUUGCCCAGUCACCGCGUCCAUGGACCGAGUGGUAGUAAUAGUCCGUGUCAGCGGCGAGUUUUUCUCGUUCGUGCGAUCGAAGCUUUUAACGGCAUGGCGAGUGUAGUGCCCUGCGAUCUGCUGGAUGAGCUCAUGCACGGCGUAGUGAUUCUACACCACGAAGCUGCGCUUGUGCUGGGCACGACUCACUUUUCGGUGGAAACUUUCUUCCCGUUGUUGGCGUACGUGCUGGUGCACUGCCGACUGCCGACAAUCCACGCGCAGCUGCAUCUUUUGGAGAAAUUUGCCAUCACUGCCCACAAUGCGAACGGCGAGGAGUCGUACUACGUCUACUGCGUUCAUGCUGCCGUUGAGUACAUUUGCAACACGGCUGGGUUGGGAAUAGGUGUUAAUUCUGCUGGCACAUGCGCAACGAGUACAAAUUCCAGUGCAGUCUCGACACCAGAUGGGGCGAGUGUGACACCCGCCAUGCCGAUGAACACUUUGUCGCCACCCACUACUUUUUCGUUGGACCUUAAGUUGAAAAAUCGAUUGGAAGUGGAAGGUGGAAGCAUUAGCAAGAGCAGAGUGAAGCAAUCAGAGGCAGCCUGA